GAACUCCUUCUAAACCAAACAUUGCCAGACCUAGCCAGGGUACCCCGACUAAGGCUGCAACUACUACCAAAUCCUCCUCUGCUAAAAAGAAAGAUGUUAGCUCAGACAGUGGAAGCUCAGAGGACUCGGAUAGUGAAGAAGAGGCUCCAGUGAAGACUACGUUGGCCAAGGGAACUCCAUCUAAAUCAAACAUUGCCAGACCUAGCCAGGGUACCCCGAGUAAGGCUGCAACUACUACCAAAUCCUCCUCUGCUAAAAAGAAAGAUGUUAGCUCAGGACAGUGGAAGCUCAGAGGACUCGGAUAGUGAAGAAGAGGCUCCAGUGAAGACUGCUUUGGCAAAGGGAACUCCAUCUAAACCAAGCCAGACCAAACUGAUUAAUACAACUGCUACACCUAAGGUUGCAUCCACAGGGAAGAAAGCAGAGAGCUCAGACACUGAGAGCUCCGAUGACUCAGACAGUGACGAGGAGGCUCCUGAUAGCACUGUCUUAGCUAAAGGACCCCCAACCAAGCCCAGCCAGCCUCCACCCAGCAAACAAGGGAAGGGGAACCUCGGAAACCUGACUAAGCCUUUCCAGGCUGCCCCCACUCCAGCUAAGCCUGCUGCAGCUAAGAAGGCAGCGUCUUCAGAGAGCGCGAGCAAUACGAUCCUUCCAAAAGGAGUUCCAAACAAGACGAACCAGCUUACACCCAACCGGAGCACAGCAGCACUCAAGGUACCUGCUGUAGCAGUGACGCAAGACAGCUCUUCUAGCGAGAGCUCUGAUGAAACAGACAGUGAAAAGGAGACUCCAACUAAGAAAGUUGUGACCGCUCAGCCAAAGGCGCUACAGGUCAAAGCAAAGGCUGCAGCCAAGAUGGCGGAGCCCGCAAAGAGGCAAAGCAUGAGCAACGGCUGUACACCAGGGCAGGAAGCUGCUUCCGCUUAUAAAGUGUCAGCUGCAGUGGAGCACGUGGGUGCAGACGCCGCACGGGGCGAGAGCUCAGAGGACAGCAGCUCCAGCGAGGAGGAAGAAGCGUCCCAGUCUCUUCUAGCUCCUAAACCUCCCCCUAAAAAGUCCUCUACUGCGAGUAAGAAGACUCCAGCAGAAAAAGGGAAGAGGGAAAAGGUCUCCGUUCCAUCUGCGAGCAAGACCCCCACAAACGUGACCCCUGCCUCCCCAUGGACAGUUACAAAAAUGACCCCCGUCGUUCCUCCCACUAACGAAUUGGACUCUGAUGUCACAGACAUUGAGGGUGACCCCAGAGCGUCGGCAUCCAAAGUUGUUGCUGCUACAUCCAAAGGAAAGAAGGGAGUUAAGAGUGGUGAUCUGGCUGCAGACGCACGGCUGGCUAAAGCAUCUUCCAAUAAGAAAACACCCCCUACCACUGGUUCCAGCAGUGAAGCUGCAACGCCACUGACGAAGCCGAAGAGGGGCAAAGACAAAGGCGAGCAUGAUACUCCCAAACCCAAGAAGAAGAAAAUAGGUUCUCCAGAGCUCAGCAAAGCCGUGGUGCCUCCUCCCAUCCGAGCAGCAGGGGGCGAUUCCGAGUCCGAUUCGGACAGCAGUCUCGAUGUAGAGAAGUGGAAAAGGCUGGCACUGCAUCUGACAGAGUCUGACAUUGCAAAGAUGGAUGCCAUCGCUUCGGUGGACCUCGGCUCUCCCGCCAUCUCCGUCCUGGGGAAAACCACGAAGGUAGAGUCUAAGGCGAAGGAAAAGGACGGAAAGGCCAAAGCUGGCGGUAAGCAGAGCCAUGGCACAGCCAGUGGGGCUAAGAAAGUGGCCCCUCCCACGUCAGCCCAGUUGGCGCCAUCCGUCAUGGACGACCAAUCGGCAAAGGCGAAGGCCAAGCCUACAAAGAGGUCACUCAUUACCGCCACUAGUGCUCAGUACGGCCACAAGACGCCCGAGAAGAAGCAGAAGUUAGACGACACAAAACAGACGACCUCAGAAGAGAAAAGAAAAGAUGUAAAGGAGAAGAAAAAUAAGCAGCAAAAGGAGGUGGAUAAAAGGAAAGAGGGAACAGCAGAUGUGAAUCUUCCACCAGCUGCGGCGAAACUCAGUCUGCUUCCGGAAGAAAAGGCUGCAAAAAAAAAUAAAUUAAAAGUUGGAAAGCAGAAAAAUCUCACCAGUACACCUUCGAAAACUCUCCAGAAUGAUUCUCGGGACGCGGUGAUUCAAUCACCGCUUUCAGACUCCGGCCAGAAAAAGAAAAAGAAGAAUAAGUAACUCGGGGCCGUUUCGGUGGUUCUUCUCAUCACAAAGAUACACAGUUGGCAGCAUAUAUAGAAGAUGGCCUCAUUCACACGGCCACAGUUUUUUUAAACUGCUAUUUUAUAUAUAUAUAUACUUUGUACGUCUUGCAGAUUCUGUCUGUUGGCUUUUAAUUAUAAUUAAUGUGGAUACUUAGGCAUAAACCCGUCUUCUGUUCCAUGUGUCUGUACUUCUUGUCCUGGGAACGGGGAGGUAGAACUUGAAAUGACCUCUGAGUGUGUCCGUUGAAACGGUACAUUUCAUUCUGAAUUACUGCAGUGUUCAUUUUUUCCAUUUCCUCAUGUACCUGACUGCAUAUCUUUGUUGAAGCAAGAGUUUCUCUGCAUCAUAUAUGAUAAGUGUUAAAAGACCAGUGAGGUUAAAUGGAUCGUAUUAAUAAAUAACUUGGAGAUAAAUGCUUCAGAAUUUUUCAGGUUUCAGGCUCACAAACUGAUUUUAACAUAUUUAGAAUAUACUUACAUAGGUUUAUGAUUCCUGUUCUCUUCUUGUCUGGAAUAUCGAUUUUAAUAAAUAUUUUUUCACAUUUAUAA